ACCGACGCGAAGGGUUGUUGAUACUUACGUCACUUUCUUUUAAAUAUUAAAGAGUUAUUUUCUUUUUUAAAUAUUAAAUAUGUAUAAAUUGGAAUCACAAUGUGGAAAACGUUUGCCAAAAGAAUUGCUUUCUUCAAAGGAUAUGUGCAUCAUGGACAUUUAUCAUUAUCUUCUCAACGAAAUUUCUGAUCCUAGAGUUUCCAAUUGGUUUUUGAUGUCAAAUCCGUUUGGCAUAGGAUUAAUUCUUCUUGCUUACUUGUCUUUCGUACUUUACCUCGGACCACUUUAUAUGAAGAACAGACAGCCAUACGCACUUACCAGAAUCAUGAUCUGUUAUAAUAUUUUUGUUGCAACUGCAAACGCUAUAGUUUUUUAUGGUCUACUUUCAUCUGGGUAUAUGACACAUCUUUCUCUGGGAUGCGAGCCUUUCGUGAUUUCAGAUGAUCCUAUGUCGCUUAGCAUGGCUCGAUGGGUAUGGUGGGUUUUGAUUUUGAAAAUUAUCGAGCUUGCAGACACAGUCAUUUUUAUUCUCAGAAAAAAAUACAAUCAAACGUCAUUUCUUCAUGUACAUCAUCAUACAUCAACCCUCCUAAUGGCGUGGAUCUCUUGCAAAUACGCACCGGGUGGUAUGUGGACUUUUGUAAUGUUGCCCAAUUGCGCGGUACACGUAGUAAUGUACAUAUACUACCUCUGCGCUUGUUUGGGACCAAGAGUACAAAAGAUAAUCACUCCUUGGAAGAAGUACAUAACUCUCUUGCAAUUGAUCCAAUUUUCUAUUAUGCUAGUGCAUACGAUUCAAGCGCUUCUACCAUCUUGCGAACCAACGCGGAAACCGUUGGCAUAUAUAUAUAUGUCUCAAAUUGUCUUCAUGUUUUAUAUGUUUUUAGCUUAUUAUAGAAAGUCAUAUAUGAGAAAAAAGAUUGAGUGAACAAGUGACGAAAAAUUUCAAUAAUAAAAAAACUUAGUGUGUAUGCGUGAAUUCUUCGUAUAGUAUAUUUAUAUACUUGUAGAAUAUAUAUUUUGUUAUAUGCGAUUUACGAUAUAUUUAAACUUUCGCGUGAAUAAUCGAGAAACAAACAUUCAAAUAUAUGAUAAUUGUGUCAAUAAAAGAAAGCAUUUUAUUGAUAAAUACUGCGCAUCUCUCAAGAUAAAACUACUUUCUAUACUUGUACUACUUUCUACACUUACAUACUUUCUAUAUUUAUUAUUACCGAUUAAAUGUCAAGCAUUCAAAUAAAAGUCGAGUUGUAGAGA